AUGGCAAAGAAUUCUCCUGAGGAUCAGCGGCCAGUAACACCACCUUCUCCACCCACGCCAACACCAUCUCCAACUAAACCAACACAAGCUCCUACACCUAAACCAAAACUUACAACUAAUUCACCUCCAACUAAACCGCCCCAAUCUCCUACAGCUAAACCACCUUCUCCAACUAAACCACCUCCACCUCCAAAUAAACCACCACAAACUCCCCCAGCUAAACCACCAUUUUUAACUAAACCACCACAAGCUCCUACACCUAAACCAAAACUUCCAACUAAACCACCACCACCUCCAACUAAACCGCCCCAAGCUCCUACACCUAAACCUCCAACUAAACCACCACAAUCUCCUACACCUAAACCAAAACCUCCAACAAAACCACCCCUACCUCCAACUAAACUGCCCCAAGCUCCUACACCUAAACCAAAACCUCCAACAAAACCACCACUACCUCCAACUAAACCACCACUACCUCCAACUAAACUGCCCCAAGCUCCUACACCUAAACCAAAACCUCCAACAAAACCACCACCACCUCAAACUAAACCGCCCCAAGCUCCUACACCUAAACCACCACCUCCAACUAAACCACCACAAGCACCUACACCUAAACCAAAACCUCCAACAAAACCACCACCACCUCCAACUAAACCACCACUACUUCCAACUAAACCACCACAAGCUCCUACAUUUAAACCAAAACCUCCAACUAAACCACCUCCAACAAAACCGCCCAAAGCUCCUACACCUAAACCACCACCUCCAACUAAACCAUCACCACCACCUUGCCAUCGGCUACUGGAUCCCUGA